ACAGCGCCACCUGUGCUGGUUCUGUAGUAAUUUCUUCACUUAGUGCUCGGUUUUACAAACAUUUCGAAGAGUUGUAGAAUUAAUCACCAUUAAAGUGUAUAUACUCAGCCAACCAUGGGUAAUGAAAGUUCGCUGCCCAUGGAGCUUUGCUCAAAUUUCGAUGCUGAUGAAAUACGACGCCUCGGAAAAAGAUUUCGGAAGCUAGAUCUUGACAAUUCUGGAGCACUCAGCAUUGAUGAAUUUAUGUCGUUGCCAGAACUUCAGCAAAAUCCUUUGGUUCAGCGCGUCAUAGACAUCUUUGAUGCUGAUGGCAAUGGUGAAGUUGACUUCAAAGAAUUUAUUCAAGGAGUUUCACAAUUCAGUGUUAAAGGAGAUAAACUGUCUAAACUAAGGUUCGCAUUUAGAAUUUAUGAUAUGGACAAUGAUGGAUUUAUCUCCAACGGAGAGUUGUUUCAAGUACUAAAGAUGAUGGUGGGUAACAAUCUCAAAGACACCCAGUUGCAACAAAUCGUUGAUAAAACAAUCCUUUUUGCGGAUAAGGACGAAGACGGAAAAAUCUCAUUUGAGGAAUUCUGUAAUGUUGUGGGUAAUACUGACAUCCACAAAAAGAUGGUAGUAGACGUUUAAGACCAAAAAUAUAAUUGUCCAACGCAAGACCUGAUCUCUCCAUUUGUAUUGCGCAGAUGCGUUAGCCCUUGUAUACAUCGCAAGCUUCAGUCACCGUUGUUUUCAGGUUUUAUGUUGGAGAAUUAGCCUAGAUUUAAUUUAAGUUUGUUUAAAUAUUUAUAAAUACUAUACAUAUAAAAUGAAUGUUUUCUAACACUGUAUAAUAAAUCUUGAGCUAACGUUAUGAUUCUAUUUGCAUGUAACGUGCUUGUUGUUUCCUGUUAAAAUGUUUUAUAAAUCAAAAUACAAAAAAAGAAAAACAUAUAUGUAUAUUGAUAAUGGUUGUCCUUUAUACUUUAUCUAAGUGUUGUGUGUAUAGCAUUACGCUGAUGGGCAAAGCCCUUGAUUUUUAAUAUUCAAUAUUCUAACUAUACUGUGUAAACGCUUUUGGAUGUACUUAUUGAGCUGUCACUGAUCACUAGUAGAUAGCUGCCACGACCUCUGCUAAGACCUGUUUAGUGCACGACGGAUCUUAAUACUGGACAUGGCGACCACACUUCAUCUACUCCACAACCAGACGAAAUCAAUUACUCAAGCCGAAUUUAAUCUGAAUUGACGGGGACCACAAAUAUGUAAAAGUUCUACUCACCGUCCAGCCGGUUCAGGUUAUAUUUUUCCAGGUUUUUGAUUUUGGUAUGGUUUAAAAUUCGCUGAUAGUUUUCUAAAUGUGCGCAAGGGAACAAACACCGAAUUUCUUAGAAUAAAUGAGUGGAGUUUUAUCACACUGGUACAAUAGAUAUUGAUAGUAGUGUCUAGUUGGAAAGUUAUUAUUCCAUUCUCCCUGUAUAUUACGUUACCAUGAUUGUGUUGUACAAUGUACCUAUUCUAUUUAAAAAAAGUUUAUGUUGAAUAAAAAUAAUUUCACCUCUCUA